UUUAAAAACAUAACCUUUGUCCAAAACUCUGUCUGCAUUGUUUCGAAAUAAAUUGGUGGUCAGAAUUCGGAUCGAAACCUAAAUUUAUAUCUUGUUGCGAUAUUGAAGGUGAUUCGCCAACGACAAAGGCUAUGGCUGGUGGAAUUGAUGUCAGCAAUCGAAAACCACGACGCUUGAAAGGAACACCAGCUCUUAGAGUCAUCAAUCUAUACAGCUUAGCAACACUUACAGUUUGCUGCGGUAUUGGAUAUUUCUUUUACAAACUUCCAAGUGCCAAUCGACUUAAUGCGAAAUUAUUUCCCAAAGAAGAACAAGAAAGAGAAAAUCGCGAACGUGAAGAGACCAAUUUCAUAUUGGGAAAUAAGCUGAUUGGACAAAAAUCGGCAAGUGAAAUUCGACAGAUUUUGCGGCAUAAACAAAAAUACGAAACUGAAUUAUAAAUCCAUCGUAGUUAAAUUGUUAUCAUUUUGCACAAGCACAUCCUUCAAACGUGUUUGUGCCAACAAAAGAUGGACAAAAAAGACGACCAGAAAAAACCAAAUCGAUUAAAAUUUUCCCGAUUGUGUCUCACUCAAACUCGAAAUGCCGGUGUACUUCGAACCAAUUCACAAUUACCAAAUUCACAAAUAUCACGGUUUUUCUCACAAUCAAAUCAAACAAGCGAUGAAAUUGUCAAAACCGAAUCUGUUGCAUCUGCACAAUGUCAAAAAGAUACAUCAUUACAAAGUGCCGAAAAUAUCUGUGAUAAACGUGAAUCAGUACCAAUCGAAAGAAACGGAAUCAAUGGAAGUUCAGAAAUUACAACCACAAAACAUUCGAGUGAUAAAACAAAAGCAAAAAGUAUACAUCGAACAAUGUCCAAUGAUUCAAAAUCAACAAUCAAAUCAUUCUUUUCAAACGAGCACAACGAUAGCAUGGCCGACUUUGAGAUACCAACUAAAGUGGCUAAAAAAGCAUCCAAACCACCGGUAACAUCGAAAACAACAAAACAAUCACGAGCGCGUCGUAAACAGCCCGAUAUCCGAAAAGCAUUAAACAAACGAGACGACACUGACACUGAUUACAGUCAUUUGCCAGAAGAUGCUCAAUUAGAAUUGGCAUUGGCAUUAUCAAAAGCCGAAUCACAUGCUGCAACUGACCCAAUUGCGAAAAAAUCCAUUGACUUUGAAGCGUUUGAAUUUAAACCGAAAAAUGCCCUGGCGAACAAUGAGGACAUCGUUGAAUUUUUCAAUAUGCCAAAAAAGAAAAAUGCACGAUUCAAAUGGAAUUCGAGGUGUACACAAUUGACAAAACGCAUAGAUGAUGUACAGAAAAUGAAACAAAGACAAAAGGUCGAUGAAUUUCUGGUGGAUAAUAUAAAAGUUCACUCACAUCUAUCAAAUUUAUCACAGUCGGCGAGUAAUGGACAAGCAUAUGAAAUUUACAGUAAUCGUUUGCAACGAAUUUGCAUGCAAGAAAGGAUCCUAUUUGAAAUUAGUAGUUGUGAUAUACAUUCAAAAAAUAAUAUUCUUUCAUAUUAUACAAACAAUUUAGUGGAACGAUCUGAAUUACAAGCGGGUGCACUAUUGCGAGAUUGGUCGAAAAUACCAGGAAGAGAUUCAAUUUAUGAUUGUAUUGAAUAUGCAAAUGAUAAAGAUAAGACUGACGAACCUGUGAUGCAUUCACAACCUGAAACCAUAGAAAACGGUAAUAUUCUUGACAAUCAGCCAGAUGAUGUGACAGAAUAUUUUGAUGCAGAGAAAGAAUAUUCAAGUGCACCAAUGGAUAUUGAAGAUAUACAUGAAUGUGAACAACGACAAAUUCAAAAGCAAUUCGAAGCAUCGAAAAACGAUGAACAGUGGCAAGAGCAAAAUCAAAAUGAUGUUUUAAGCUCAGAUGACGAUGCAGAUGCAACAAUUAUGAUGGAAUCAAACGAUAUUCAGUUGAAAGUCGAUGCAAUUAAUUCAAAGUUAAGAUUGAGUCAGAAUUUUUCGGAUAUUUUUCAACCAACUGUUGUUACGUUGGAAACAACGCAUGCAAUCAGAGCACCUUCACCUGAUUUAUUUGAUGACGAUGACGAUGUUGAAAUGACUGCAGAAAUCCAUGAAAAGAUGACAAAUGAUCAAAUCACAUCAGACAUAAUUAGAAAUGAAGAUAAAGAGGAAGAAGAAGAUGCCUUGUCUGAUGUAGUUUUGAUAAGUUCUAGUGAAUGUAACUCAAAUCAACAAGGUUGUUUUUUUUUAUUUAUCAUUCAAUCAGUUUCAGAAUCCAUAAAAACUACGCAAAGUUCAUCACAGGUCAUUGAUUCAGAAGAUACUUUGAAUAAUGACAAUGUCGAAACCAUUGAACUGCUCGAUUCGGACUCUGAAAAUAUGAUGAAAGAAUCCAUUCCGUCGCCCAUAAAUGAUCCUGAAAAUGCGUCAGUGUUUGAAUUCAAUUACGAUAUAUGUAACUAUGAAUACGAUAAUGAAGACUUCAUAAAACCGAUUGAAAUUGAUGAAGAACGGCCAAGUACAUCAAUCAAAUCAAAUGAAAAUGGCAGCAUUACAAAGAAAUUGUCGUUUACAGAGCGUUUGGAAUUUUGUGAUCGAGACGUGUUAAAUGGAUUCACUGGAAAUGUUCCGGCCGAAUGUUUAAGUCAAAUUCAUGUGCAAUCACAAGAAUCAAUUGCAUUAUCCGAUGACGAAAUCAAUUAUUCCAUGAAUAAAGGUGGUGUUGUGCAUGUAAUGGAUGAUGAUGAUCUCAAUGCUGAUAACGAUGAUUACAAUUACAACAUACCGAGUCCAAUUGAUUUCAAUCUUAUCGAUGUAAACACAAACUUUGAAUCGGACGAAAAACUAAUGAAUCAAAGUGUGUGCAAUAUUUUUGAAAAGACAUUUGAACAUAGCAGUUCGCCAAUGUCGGCUGCAGCAAAACAAAAAUCAAUUGGUGCAAAAUCACUUAAGAAAGUGAAUUCGGAAAUGAUGUUUGCUUCAUGCUAUGAAAAUACAAUGCCUUCAACUUCAACCACGAAUCGGAUAAACUUAAUGCCAAUCAAAAGGUGUAAAACACCGGACACAUUACCACCUUCUCAAGAAGAGUCACGAAUGGAUCUAUUAAAUGAUGAGUAUUUUAUUCGAGUUGGUUCUAUUUCACCGAAACCAAACUACGAAGUAAUGGAUACAACAAUGCUCGAGACCGAAUUGAGAAAGUUUGGACUGAAACCAUCAUUGCGUCGACGACAAGCGAUCAUUUGUUUGGAAUAUAUUUACAAUCGAACGCAUCCGAUCAUAGAAUGUGACACAGAAAUUGAAACUCAGCCCUCAAAAACAGGUGGUAAAGAAACCAAAGAUAUGCCAAACGAUAAAGAUGAUGACAAUGGACCAAAAAUUAACUACAAUCAUGGAUUUGCCGCACAUAAUUUAGUCGAUGAAAAGUUUAAGAAAUAUGAAGAAAAUCGUAUAUUUUUACCAUCGACGUUAAGAGCCAAGAAACCAUGGUGUUUGGUACCUCUUCACAUAGCAUGGCAUAAUUUGAUGCAAGCAAAUUCGGAAUUACGCACCACGGUUUUAUUGUACAAGCCCAUCAAUUUGAUUGAUCUGAAAAAAUUCUUCAAAACCAUUGAGAUGACAUUUGAUAAUAGAGAUUUGAUUUCAUUUUUGGAUAUGCAUUGCAUCACAUUUCGCAUGAAUAAAGCAUCAAAGGAAUGAAGCGAACAUCGCUUGCAUUUGUCACAUUUGUUGAUUUUUUUUUUAAAGAUUGCUUUUGCAUUAGUCUACAAUGUUUAUAAAAUAAAUGAAUAAUUACUUAUUAGA